AUGUUCGAUACAGAUAUACCUAUGGAAGAGGAAAUGAAUGAAGUCGUACGACAAUUUAAACCAAAAUUUAGAUCAAUUCAUAAAACAUAAAUUGAUGAUGAUUUAAGUGAACACACUACAAGUUCAUUACAUUAAAUUGAACUAUUACGAACUGUUAUUACAAAGAAUGUAUUUAACAUUGUAAGAAUACAAACCAUUGAUGAUAGAUGGAUUGGUAUUUAAUUGAGAGAUUCGUACAUAACUUGUGGAUGGUUACUAUCUGAAGUUAUAAGAAGAUUAAGUUAAUUAAGAUUAAAUUAUGACCCAGCAGAGAUUGUUGGAUUUAAAACUAAUAAUAUACAUUUGGAUUAUCAUUUAAGUUGCAUGCAUUAUAAUUUACCUAAUUUGAAUGGAGUUCUUCUCAUCCCUUAAAUUCGUUAACAAUUAAAAGAGCCAAUCAAUAUUGAUUGGUUUGAAAUAAUAAAGAAAUUAGCUGCAGGGGGUUUUUCAGUAGUUUAUUUAGUAAGAAAUAAAGAGAAUGGAUAAUUUUAUGCUAUGAAAGUGAUUGACAAAAGAUUAAUGAUUGAAAGAGACAAAGAAGAAAUGGUUUUUAAGGAGAGGUAAAUACUAACAAGAUUAAAUCAUCGUAGAAUCAUUAACCUAUAUUGUGCAUUCUAAUCUGUAAUUCAUAUUAAAUUAUCUCCAGAAAUCUAAAUUGUACUUUGUAUUUGAUUAUUGUCCUGGUGGAGAACUCUAUUACCAUUUGAGAAAACAAAAGCGAUUUAAUGAAGAAUAAGCAAAAUGGCUAUUCAUUCAAAUUCUUGAAGGAUUACAAUAUUUACAUUCUUAAAAUAUUAUUUAUAGAGAUUUAAAACCAGAAAACAUAUUAAUUGAUUAAGAUGGAUAUCCAAAACUUGCUGAUUUUGGACUUAGCAAAAUUGUAGACACUUAAGAAUCAUUAAAUUAUUCUUACUGUGGAUCUUUAGAAUACAUGGCUCCAGAAAUGAUUGAAUAAAAAGGACAUAAUUAUACUCAAGAUUAUUAUUAAUUAGGUGUGAUGCUUUAUGAAAUGAUGGCUGGAAUACCACCAUUUUAUGCAAAAACUAGAUAGGAUAUGAUUAAGAAUAUAGUUUCGAAAUCAAUCAACUACCCUCAUUUCUUCUCUAAAAAUCUUUAAGAUUUUAUUACAAAAUUAUGUAAUAAAGAUAAAACAAAGAGAUUAUGUGGAAAAUGUAAACCAAUAAAUAUAUGAUUAGAAAUCUACUAACAUCCUUGGUUAUAAGGAUAUAUUAAAAAGAUGCCAAUAAAGUAUCAGUGUGAUGAAUUUAACUUUGAUAAAUUGUUUAUCAAUUAGAAAUGUUUAGAUAUUGAAAGUGGUCCUAGAUGCAUUGCUGAAGAGUUCAAUAUAUUGACAUUAUCUUAAUCGAGAGAUGUUCAUGAUGAUGAUAUGUGUCCAUUUGAAAAAUUCUCUAGUUUUUAUUACAAAUAAUAAUGA